ACAAAUAAUUUAUUAAGAAAAACAAAUUAAGCUUGAUGGAAUUACCGGUGAAAGCUCCUAUUCCCGGUGGCCGGAAAAUCUCAUAUAGAUUAGAAACCAAGAAUCUGUCAUAUAGAUUAGGCGGAAACGCUCCAAAAUUUUCUAACUUAUGUGGGUUGUUGCGUGAGAAGGAAGAAAAGGUUAUCUUAAAAGAUGUUUCUUGUGAUGCAAGAUCCGCGGAGAUCACGGCGAUAGCGGGUCCGAGUGGGGCUGGGAAAACCACUUUGCUGGAGAUUCUCGCCGGGAAAGUUUCUCAUGGGAAAGCUUCAGGGCAAGUGCUUGUCAAUGGUAGGCCUAUGGAUGGUCCUGAGUACAGGAGGGUUUCAGGGUAUGUGCCACAAGAAGAUGCUCUGUUUCCGUUUCUUACGGUGCAAGAAACACUGACGUACAGCGCACUCUUGAGGCUGAAGACGAAGAGGAAAGAGGCUGCCGCGAAGGUGAAGAGGCUGAUUCAAGAACUCGGUCUAGAACAUGUUGCGGAUUCAAGGAUCGGUCAAGGAUCAAGAUCUGGAAUCUCUGGGGGAGAGAGAAGAAGGGUUUCUAUUGGAGUUGAGCUUGUACAUGAUCCAAAUGUUAUAUUGAUCGAUGAGCCAACCUCUGGUUUGGAUUCAGCGUCCGCUCUUCAAGUUGUGAUGCUUCUCAAAGAUAUGACGGUUAAACAAGGUAAAACCAUUGUUCUGACGAUUCACCAGCCUGGUUUUCGCAUACUCCAGCUGAUAGACCGGAUAGUGUUGCUCUCUAAUGGGCUAGUUGUUCAAAACGGAUCGGUUAAUAGCCUUCAUCAGAAGAUUAAGUUCUCCGGUCACCAGAUUCCUCGGCGGGUAAAUGUCUUGGAGUAUGCAAUUGAUAUUGCAGGGAGUCUUGAACCGAUAAGAACCCAGAGUUGCAGAGAAAUCUCAUGUUAUGGUCAUAGCAAAACAUGGAAGAGCUGCUAUAUUAACGCAGGAGGAGAGCUUCAUCAAUCUGACUCUCACAGCAACUCAGUGUUAGAGGAAGUGCAGAUACUUGGGCAAAGAUCUUGCAAGAACAUCUUCAGAACCAAGCAAUUGUUCACAACCAGAGCUUUACAAGCUUCCAUUGCCGGUCUCAUACUCGGGUCAAUUUACUUGAACGUAGGAAAUCAAAAGAAUGAAGCGAAAGUCUUGCGAACUGGGUUCUUCGCCUUUACCCUCACUUUCCUACUAUCUUCCACAACGGAGGGACUUCCAAUAUUCUUGCAAGACCGGAGAAUCCUAAUGAGAGAGACAUCGAGAAGGGCUUACAGAGUUUUGUCUUACGUUUUAGCAGAUACCCUCAUCUUCAUUCCCUUCCUAUUGAUCAUAAGCAUGCUCUUUGCUACGCCGGUUUAUUGGCUGGUCGGUCUCAGAAGAGAGCUAGACGGCUUCCUCUACUUCUCAUUGGUGAUAUGGAUUGUUCUUCUGAUGUCAAACUCCUUUGUUGCAUGUUUCAGUGCUCUUGUUCCAAACUUCAUAAUGGGGACAUCAGUGAUCUCAGGUCUUAUGGGAUCCUUUUUCCUCUUCUCUGGGUAUUUCAUCGCAAAAGAGAGGAUCCCUGUUUACUGGGAGUUCAUGCAUUAUCUCAGCCUCUUCAAGUAUCCAUUCGAAUGCCUUAUGAUCAACGAGUAUCGAGGAGACGUGUUCUUAAAGCAACAAGACCUUAAGGAGUCUCAGAAAUGGAGCAAUCUUGGUAUCAUGGCAAGUUUCAUCGUCGGGUACAGAGUCCUUGGAUUCUUCAUCUUAUGGUACAGAUGUUACAGAACAAGAAGCUAGCUUAAUAACAAUGAUCUAAUUCA